GCCUGCAGCCACUCGGGCUGGCACUCCCAGAAGCCGCCCCAUGGAGCACUCUCCAGAAGAGGGCGCCGGCCCCGAGCCUUCAGGGCAGCCCCCUGCUACGGACUCCACGCGGGACGGGGAAUCCGGGGUCCCACCUGCCGGCCCAGGUGCGGCGAGCGAGGCCCUGGCUGUGCUGACUUCCUUUGGGCGCCGCUUGUUGGUGCUGGUGCCGGUGUACCUGGCAGGGGCAGCGGGUCUUAGCGUGGGUUUUGUGCUUUUCGGCCUCGCCCUCUACCUGGGCUGGCGCCGGGUCCGUGAUGGGAAAGAACGCAGCCUGAGGGCAGCGAGGCAGCUGCUGGAUGAUGAGGAGCGGAUCACGGCAGAAACGCUUUAUAUGAGCCACCGGGAACUACCUGCCUGGGUCAGCUUCCCAGAUGUAGAAAAGGCGGAAUGGCUGAACAAGAUUGUUGCUCAAGUGUGGCCCUUCCUAGGCCAGUAUAUGGAGAAGCUUCUGGCUGAAACGGUGGCCCCAGCUGUCCGGGGAGCUAACCCCCAUCUGCAGACAUUCACGUUUACACGCGUGGAGCUGGGUGAAAAGCCAGUACGAAUCAUUGGCGUCAAGGUUCACCCUAGUCAGAGAAAAGAUCAGAUUCUACUGGACUUGAAUGUCAGCUACGUAGGUGAUGUACAGAUUGAUGUGGAGGUGAAGAAAUACUUCUGCAAAGCCGGAGUCAAGGGCAUGCAGCUCCACGGCGUCUUGCGGGUGAUCCUUGAGCCACUCACAGGAGACCUUCCUAUUGUGGGGGCUGUGUCCAUGUUCUUUAUCAAACGCCCGACACUUGACAUCAACUGGACAGGGAUGACCAACCUGCUGGAUAUCCCAGGACUCAGUUCACUCUCUGACACCAUGAUCAUGGACUCCAUUGCUGCCUUCCUUGUGCUCCCUAACCGACUGUUGGUGCCCCUUGUGCCUGACCUUCAAGAUGUGGCCCAGCUGCGGUCCCCACUACCCAGGGGCAUUAUCCGGAUUCACCUGCUGGCAGCCCGAGGUCUGAGUUCCAAGGACAAGUAUGUGAAAGGCCUGAUUGAGGGUAAAUCAGAUCCCUAUGCCCUUGUUCGAGUGGGCACCCAGACGUUCUGCAGCCGUGUCAUAGAUGAAGAUCUCAACCCUCACUGGGGGGAGACGUAUGAGGUGAUAGUCCAUGAGGUUCCAGGACAGGAGAUCGAGGUGGAGGUAUUUGACAAGGAUCCAGACAAAGAUGAUUUUCUGGGAAGAAUGAAGCUGGAUGUAGGAAAAGUAUUACAGGCUGGAGUCCUGGAUAGUUGGUACCCUCUACAAGGUGGGCAAGGCCAAGUUCACUUGAGGCUAGAAUGGCUAUCACUUCUGCCAGAUGCAGAGAAGCUGGAUCAGGUUCUCCAGUGGAAUCGGGGCAUCACUUCUCGGCCAGAGCCCCCAUCAGCUGCCAUCCUUGUUGUCUACUUGGAUCGAGCCCAGGAUCUUCCUCUGAAGAAAGGCAACAAGGAGCCCAACCCCAUGGUGCAACUGUCAGUUCAGGAUGUGACCCAGGAGAGCAAGGCUACCUACAACACCAACAGCCCAGUGUGGGAAGAAGCUUUCCGAUUUUUCCUGCAAGACCCUCGAAGCCAGGAGCUUGAUGUGCAGGUGAAGGACGACUCCAGGGCCCUGACUUUAGGGGCCCUGACUCUCCCUCUUGCUCGCCUGUUGACUGCCUCUGAACUCACCCUGGACCAGUGGUUCCAGCUCAGCGGCUCAGGCCCAAACUCCAGGCUCUACAUGAAACUGGUCAUGCGGAUCUUAUACUUAGAUUACUCGGAAAUCCACUUCCCCACGGUGCCUGGUACCCAGGAUUGGGACAGUGAGAGCCCAGACACAGGCAGCAGUGUGGAUGCCCCACCUCGGCCCUAUCACACAACUCCUAACAGCCACUUUGGGACUGAGAAUGUUCUUCGGAUCCAUGUAUUAGAAGCUCAGGACCUAAUUGCCAAAGACCGUUUCUUGGGGGGACUGGUGAAGGGCAAAUCAGACCCCUACGUCAAACUGAAGGUGGCAGGAAGAAGCUUCCGGACCCAUGUUGUUCGGGAAGAUCUCAAUCCCCGCUGGAAUGAGGUUUUUGAGGUGAUUGUCACAUCAAUCCCUGGCCAAGAGCUUGAGAUUGAGGUCUUUGAUAAGGACUUGGACAAAGAUGACUUUUUGGGCAGGUAUAAAGUGAGUCUCACUACAGUGCUCAACAGUGGCUUUCUUGAUGAGUGGCUGACCCUGGAGGAUGUCCCAUCUGGGCGCCUGCACUUGCGCCUGGAGCGUCUGACCCCUAGACCAACUGCUGCCGAGUUAGAGGAGGUGCUGCAAGUGAACAGCCUGAUCCAGACUCAGAAGAGCUCAGAGCUGGCAGCAGCCCUGCUGUCCGUCUACCUGGAGCGGGCAGAGGAUCUGCCGCUCCGAAAAGGCACCAAGCAUCCCAGCCCUUAUGCCACUCUCACCGUGGGAGAGAUUUCCCAUAAAACCAAGACUGUCUCCCAGACUUCAGCCCCUGUCUGGGAGGAGAGCGCCUCCUUUCUCAUCAGGAAGCCACAUACUGAGAGCCUGGAAUUGCAGGUCCGGGGUGAAGGGACCGGCACCCUGGGCUCCGUAUCCCUGCCUCUCUCUGAGCUCCUCCAGGCGGAACAACUCUGCCUGGACCACUGGUUUGCACUCAGCGGUCAGGGCCAGGUGCUAAUGAGAGCGCAGCUAGGGAUCCUGGUAUCCCAGCACUCGGGAGUGGAAGCCCAUAGCCACAGCUAUAGCCACAGCUCCUCCUCGCUCAACGAAGAACCCGAGGCCCUAGGGGGAGCCACUCACACCGCCUCCCCAGUCCCAGAGGUUAGGCAUCGCCUAACCCAUGGUGACAGUCCCUCUGAGGCUCCUGUGGGGCCCCUGGGCCAGGUGAAGCUGACAGUGUGGUACCACAGUGACGAACAAAAGCUUAUCAGCAUCGUCCAUAGCUGCCGGGCCCUUCGACAAAAUGGACGUGAUCUCCCAGACCCCUAUGUGUCGAUGCUGCUGCUCCCAGACAAGAACCGAAGCACCAAGAGGAAGACCCCACAGAAGAAGAGGACCCUCAAUCCUGAGUUCAAUGAACGGUUUGAGUGGGAUCUGCCCCUGGAUGGGACUCUCAGGCGGAAGCUCGAUGUCUCUGUGAAGUCAAACUCCUCCUUCAUGUCCAGAGAGCGUGAGCUUCUGGGGAAGGUGCAGCUGGAUCUAGCAGAGAUAGACCUUUCCCAGGGUGCAGCCCAGUGGUACGAUCUGAUGGAUGACAGAGAAAAGGGCGGUUCCUAGGAGCUGAGGGAUGACAACCUGGCACUGCUUGGUCUUCUUGCCUCUUGCCCCAGUGUGAAGAGCCUCCACAGCGCGGCUCUAGGGCUGAGCCUAAGCCCUUUUGCCUUCUGGGCCCGAAUAAGGGUCUUUGCCUGACCAAAGAGGAUCACCUUACCCCUCACUGCACGGCCUUUAUCCUGCAGGCUCCCAGGGCAGGGACUUGAGCUGGCUAUUUCCUGUUCUGCCUGCACCUCCUCCUCCUUCCCACUCCUCAGGGCCUCACGCACCUGUGCCUGGCCGCUGGCAGCACUAGCAGUGGCAUUCUGCUCAUGCCAAAUGCAGCUUUUGGAAAGCUUUUUUUUUUUUUUUUUUUUUUUUUUUAACAUAAUAAAAAAUAUACAGAAAACAGUG